GAGGCUCGACUUCAUCGCGUUCUAGAAUGUCGGAGGACGCCUCGAGCACGAAGAGACCAACCCCUUCUCCUUCGAAGUCAACUGCGGGCGCUCUCCAUCAAGGCAGGUCCGCAGACCCUGGUUUGUCCUGGCACUGUCGGGGCUGCGGGAAGGACCCUUGCGAGGACCCUACGGCAACACAGUGUGGGCACAUCUUCUGCUACAAGUGCAUCGUAAAGGAGAUCGCCAAGAGUAUGAAGUGUCCGGUUUGCAACAAGCUGUUCCUCUUGCGACUUCAGGCGUCUUGAUCGGACGAAUGCUGUGUAUAUGACGUGGAUCUUGUGUACUAUCCUACUCACUGUGUUCGUCCC